CUCCUCGCUGGCUCGCCACCGGCCACCGCCGCUAACCAAACCAACUGCUCUCAGCCUCUCUCUCGCGAGUUUAAGUUGCCGCUCGCCACCUUACGCGUUCAUGCCCCGCCGCCUCCGGCAAUGGCUGCCGCAGCGGUGACCUCGCCGGAUCCCUUCACGUUCCACCCCCUCGUCGCGCCUACGGCAACUCCGGCUGACGUUGACAGCGACGAGUUCGAGUUCCGCGUCCCCGCCGCUGCGGCCGCGCUCUCGGCCGCUGACGAGCUCUUCUCCGACGGAAAGCUCGUGCCUUUACACCCACCCGCGCCUCCGUCUCCUCCGUGUUCUCCGCCGUGCCUGGAGCUUGAGCCCGCAUCCGAGCCGGCGUCCCCUCGCGCCCCGCGGUGCGCUGGGCGGCGGUGGCGCGACCUCCUGCUCCUCGUGUCCAGCUCCAAGAAAGCAAAGGCCGGCGGUGGCGACGACAGGAAACGCGCGGAUGGGUGUCUGAAGCACCGGGAAACGCAUUUCCGGCCGCUCCUCUCGCGCGACUCCUCGUCGUCAUCGACGUCCUCGGUCGACUCCGGCAAGAACGCGCGCCGCCCGCCUCCUCCGUCGCGUUCCCCCCUGCGGACGCGCUCCGCGCCGGUGACAAACCUCCUCCAUCUCAUGUCCAGGAGACCGACCGGUGACAAGAUCGUCGCCGCGGACGCUUCCCUGAAUCUGAGACGCAAGGAGCCGUGCGCGCACCCGCUCCUGACCCGCGUCUCCUCCUCGUCCUCCUCGGACUCCGGCAGGAACCCCCGCGCGCCGUCGCGCCCGGCGGUGGCGGCGGAGAGCCCGCGGGUGAGCGCGUCCGGGCGCGUGGUGUUCCGCCCCCUGGAGCGCAGCUCGAGCACGCCGGCCUCGGCGGGCAUCGGCCCGCGGCGGCCGCGGCCCAGGGGCAUGGAGAGGUCUUACUCGGCCAAUGUGCGCGUGGAUCCGGUGAUCAACGUCUUCGGCUUCGGGCAUCUGUUCAUGCCGUCCUCGCCGGCCAAGGAGAGGAAGACCGACAAGGAAAGGGACGGCGCCGGCCGGAGAAACAGGCCGGAGAAGCUGGCCAUUGUGCUCAGAGAUCCGCAGGAUUAGGCAGUGGCCAUGCUGGCAAUAAUGCAUCAGAUUCUUCCUGUCUCAAUUCUUUUUGCAGCCUUGUUGUUUCUUCCUGUUAUUUUUCUCCCCUUCCAUCUGUAAUAUACCAAUCUUAGUCCAGUUUUUAGAAUCAGUGCAAAGAAAUUUCAGAGCCUUUCCAGUGAAAUCUGAAUUUAACUUGAACUGUGACUCUGAUCUCAGAUGUCAAUGUCCCAUGUAAAAA